AUGGUCAUGGAGGACAACUGUGAGCCAAGAUCUGCGCGCCAGAACUUUCUUGGCAUCACUAGUAAGAAUUGCACGAUCAAUGCAAGACUAGGAAAUUCUGCACCUCCAGGUUUUAUCACAGCCCAACUCAGAAGUUCAUUAGAUGACCCAAGUGGUUUUGUUUUUGAGGGAGGUUUUGUUGUUGGAACUGGUGAAGUGAGUCUAGGACGAGCAUGGGGGCCUUACUCAAGAGUUAUAUUUCACAGAACAAAAUUUUCUUCAGUUGUAUCCCCAGAAGGAUGGAAUGCUUGGGACUUCAGAGGUCACGAGGAUAAAUUUACAUAUGCAGAAGUUGAUUGUACAGGACCUGGAGCAAAUACUUCGAAGCGGGUAAAAUGGGAGAAGAAGUUGACUCCUUCACAGCUACAAGCAUAUUCUUUAUCAUCUUUCAUCAAUAAAGAUAAAUGGCUUGCAAAAAUACCAACUAUAUUCUUGUAA